AUGGCGGGAUUACAAAAAGUUUGUUUAAAUAAUUUAAACAUAAACAUUAAGAAUGCUUUAGUGAUUGGCAUAAUUAUAGCUAAAAAAUGUCCAAGAAUCUUUAGUCCCAAAAAGAAAAGUAGCGAAUCACGAGGUGUGAUGUCUUUCACUAUAAGGGAUUCCCAAAUUGAUACAAUAAAUGUCGAUGUGUGGGGUUCAGAUUACUUUGUAACGACUUUUUAUAAUAGAUUCAUCGUUGGAGAUGUCGUUGAAAUUUAUUCGCCAAAAAUUUGCGUCAAAAGUGUGGCAAAUGAAACCUUUAAUCCACAGGUAUCAUCUCCAUUUUGCCUAUCUAUCAACGAAGGAUCCUCCGAUGUGAGUACUUUCAGUGGCGAUACAUAUGGUGCGUAUUUACCGCUGCUCCAUAUUCCGAGUAAAUCAUCAGCGGGCUACUGUGGUCUCGCUGAAGUAAUGAAAUUUACUGAAGGAAAUGGAAAUAUUUAUGUAGACUUGUUAGUUGUUGUGAAAUCUGUGCAACCUGUGAAGAUGAUAAAAACUAAACUCGGUGUGGAAAUGCCGGUACGUGCUGUAGAAAUAGUGGACAACACAACGCCCGCUUCUCUCUAUUUGGACAUGUUUGAUACCGAUACUAUUCAAAGGGCGGAGGAAUGGCGUCCAUUAGGAAGCGUGUUGUUCAUCGCGGACGCGCGCGUGUCGUGGCGCGGUCGUGGCGCGCGGGCGCAGGUGUGCGGGCGCAGCGUCGUCACGCAUCAGCCGCACACCUCCGACGCUGAGGCGCUCAGACUCUACAUACAAAACCAAGCUGCGGGUGGUGAGGCGGCCGCGUGGGCGGAGUGGAGCGGGCAGCGCGCGUGCGCCGCGUCCGUGGCGCAGGUGCGCGACCGCCUCGCUGACGGCGCGCCCUUCUGUGCCUCGCUUCAUGCUCUGCUCACACAUCUCGACUUAGACGAUCUGAUUAACUCUACGGACAAUAACUGUGAAGAGUUAAGAGUGCGCUUCGCCGAUCACACCGGGGAACUGACCGCUCGUCUUCCAGCAAAUAUUUUACAGAACACGUUAGGUUACACGGCGCAACAGUUAAAAGCGAUGUCGUCAGAAGAACGGGCAGCUGUCCGCUGGCGCCUGCUGCUGGAGCAGUGCUGCGCCAAGUUGGCCGCCACGCCGCCGCGCCUCAUCGUGCUCUCUCUGCGCAAAGCCAACCCUGCCGACCCUAUACCACUUUACUAAGUUUA